ACCUCCGAUGUUUCUCAGCAAUACCAUCCUAAAAUAACAACAAAAUAAACGACCCCUUCUACUCUCUCCAUUUCCUCUUCUAAUAAAUAUUAACUUUUUAUUAUUAAAUUUUUUUCUGCUAAUAAGUAGCUGUAAAGAUAUUCCAUUUCUCUCUUGAUUCAUCAUAUUAUUCUUUUAGAUCAACCUGUUCUUCUUCUUCUUUCUCUGUUCAUCACUUUCUUCUUCCUCUUUUUUCUGCUUACCGAGGGAUUAUUAAUGAUAACUCAUUAGAUGAGGAAAAGGCUGUGAAAGAUUUUGAGAGGGGAAACUUUUUUGUUUCAUGGGCAACACAUGCCGUGGAUCUUUCAGGGGGAAAUACUUUCAGGGGAGUCAGCUCGAGGACCAAUCUGCUUCCAAACGCGACACUCCUUCUGAUCGUUCUGUUUCAGACCAUUCAACAACGAGUUUGAACUCCCAACAACAAAAUAGUUCUCAAGAAUUAGCCAAAGAUAACAACACCAAAGCCAACGACAACAAUACCAAUAGCAAUAACAAUCCAGCUUUUGUUACUUCCACCAAGAAAGAUACCAUCAUGAGGAGAGGUCUUGAUAACCAGACUUACUAUGUUUUGGGUCAUAGAACGGCUAAUAUUCGUGAUCUUUACACUUUGGGUCGUAAACUAGGACAGGGUCAAUUUGGGACUACUUAUUUGUGUAUUGAGAAUUCUACAAAGAAUGAGUAUGCUUGUAAAUCUAUCUCCAAGAGGAAGUUGAUCUCAAGGGAGGAUGUUGAGGAUGUUAGGAGGGAGAUUCAGAUAAUGCACCAUUUGGCUGGUCACAAGAAUAUUGUCACCAUCAAAGGUGCUUAUGAGGAUUCUCUUUAUGUCCAUAUUGUUAUGGAGCUUUGUGCUGGUGGGGAGUUGUUUGAUCGGAUCAUUCAGAGGGGACAUUACAGUGAGAGGAAGGCUGCUGAAUUGACCAAGAUUAUUGUAGGGGUUGUUGAGGCAUGCCACUCUCUUGGAGUUAUGCAUAGAGAUUUGAAGCCUGAAAAUUUCUUGUUGGUCAACAAGGAUGAUGAUUUUUCUCUCAAAGCCAUUGAUUUUGGUCUUUCUGUAUUCUUCAAACCAGGUCAGAUUUUCACUGAUGUGGUUGGAAGCCCUUAUUAUGUUGCUCCUGAGGUACUCCUCAAGCACUAUGGACCAGAAGCAGAUGUGUGGACUGCAGGGGUCAUACUGUACAUAUUGUUAAGUGGAGUGCCACCAUUUUGGGCUGAAACGCAGCAGGGCAUAUUCGAUGCAGUUUUGAAGGGACAAAUUGAUUUUGACUCAGAUCCGUGGCCCGUGAUAUCUGAUAGUGCAAAAGAUCUAAUCCGGAAGAUGCUGUGCUCUAGACCUUCAGACCGCUUGACCGCUCAUGAAGUACUAUGCCACCCUUGGAUUUGCGAAAAUGGAGUUGCUCCUGAUAGAGCACUUGAUCCAGCUGUCAUGUCUCGUCUCAAACAGUUCUCAGCAAUGAACAAGUUGAAGAAAAUGGCUUUAAGGGUAAUAGCUGAAAGCCUCUCUGAGGAGGAGAUUGCUGGUCUGAGAGAAAUGUUUACAGCAAUGGACACCGAUAGCAGUGGUGCAAUCACAUUUGAUGAACUGAAAGCUGGACUGCGUAGAUAUGGUUCCACCAUGAAGGAUACAGAGAUACGUGAUCUUAUGGAGGCGGCUGAUGUGGACAACAGUGGGACUAUUGACUAUGGAGAAUUCAUAGCUGCUACAGUUCAUCUUAACAAACUAGAGCGCGAGGAACAUCUACUUGCAGCAUUUCAGUACUUCGACAAGGAUGGAAGUGGUUACAUUACAGUAGAUGAACUCCAGCAAGCUUGUACAGAACACAAUAUGACUGAUGUUUUCCUUGAAGAUGUAAUCAGAGAAGUUGAUCAAGAUAAUGAUGGGAGAAUUGAUUAUGGUGAAUUUGUUGCCAUGAUGCAAAAGGGCAAUGCUGGAGUUGGAAGACGAACUAUGAGGAACAGUGUGAAUAUAAGCAUGAGAGAUGCACCACCAAGUGCUCAUUAGCAUCCAAUUUCAUGUCAUGUACAGGUUGUACAGCAAAGAUAAAGGAGGAGAUUUGGCAGUAGGAUUUUGAGAACAAAUUUUAAUUCUUCAGCUCCCCAAGGCCUUGGAUCAUCAUGUCACUGGGAUUUUGGGAUGUGGAGGGAGUUUAUGUAGAAUUUUAUUCACUGAGAUGCCUAUAUUGCUGUAUGACCAAUAAAGAAAUAUGUUGUAAGCUUUUCUGAACUAUGGAGUGCUGUAGUGUCAUAGCUAUUCAAGCAUCUAAAUUAUUUUGCAGUGUUUCGUUUUUGAGGCUUUUCUGUUUAUAUAUAUGUGGAAGAAAUCAAUUUGACCUGCA